AUGAAUGAAUUAGAUUCAAAAGCGACCAUCCUAUUGAUGGGUCUGAGAAGAGGCGGAAAGUCGUCAAUAUGUAAAGUGGUGUUUCAUAACAUGCAGCCAUUGGAUACAUUAUACUUGGAGUCAACUACAAAUCCAACUUCAGAACAUUUUUCUACUUUAAUCGAUUUAGGAGUAAUGGAGUUACCAGGACAGUUAAAUUACUUUGAACCCAGUUACGAAUCAGAAGCUCUAUUUAAGAAUGUUGGUGCACUGGUUUACGUUAUUGAUGCACAGGAUGAAUAUCUUAAUGCCUUGACUAACCUAGCGAUGAUAAUUGAAUAUGCAUAUAAGGUUAAUACGAAGAUAAAUUUUGAGGUACUAAUUCACAAGGUAGAUAGUUUGAGUGAGGACUUUAAAUUGGAUACACAGCGUGAUAUUAUGCAGCGUACAGGAGAUGAGUUAUUUGAUUUGGGUUUGGAAGGUGUACAAGUAUCAUUCCAUUUGACCAGUAUUUUUGAUCAUUCAAUUUAUGAGGCUUUUUCAAGAAUAGUUCAAAAGCUUAUUUCUGAGCUACCAUUUUUAGAGAACAUGUUGGACAAUCUCGUACAGCAUUCCAAAAUGGAAAAGUGCUUCCUCUUUGACAUAAACUCUAAAAUAUAUGUGGCCACGGAUUCAUCUCCGGUCGACAUUCGCACUUAUGAAGUCUGCGCUGAAUUUGUUGACGUAACCAUAGAUUUGCAAAACCUUUAUAAAGACCAGAAUGAAGACCGUCAAAUGAAAAGUGUUUCCAUCUUGGGGAAUGGUGUAGUAAUAUAUCUGCGACAGAUGAUUCGAAGUUUAGCACUCGUUGCACUUAUAAGACCAACAAACUCCUCAACAUCCCCUGCAAACUAUGAUACUUCCAUUGAAUCAUGUCUCACUGUCAUGGACUAUAACAUAGAUAUUUUCAAAAAGGGAUUAGAGAUGGUGUGGGCGCACGCCAAAGUUCCCGGCACUGAAAUGGACCACCGUCCACAGGAACAUUAUAAGCCGGCAACAACAUUUUGA